GUAUGUUUUUUGAACGCUUGCCAACACUGCCACCACAGCUGACUAGGUGCCUCGCGUUUUUUGGUCUGAACUUUGAACCUGCGACAGCAGCCUCGUUUCGUGAAUAAGAAUACGAAUUUGAGUGCGCCUGUCCGCGUUCCGAAGGAUAUAUCGCAGCAGUUAAAGUUUCAGACAACCGCGGUACUCGCAGCCGAGCACAUCGCAUCGCUUUCGUUUGCUCGCCAUUUCCUCUCCGGAAAGAGAGCUCCGUUUCGUUCCGCUCCGCUCCGCGCGUCGCUCUCCGCCAAUCUUCCCACAACAAUUCCAUUGAUAAGCAGCACCUAUCCGCCCGCUAACGCCCCCCCCAGCCAGCCAGCCAGCACGCCCCCACUCCCAUCAAAAAGUGCAAAUCAAUCAAUUAAAAUAGUACGACAACGUGCUGCUGCAGUGCGUGGCGUGGUAAUUAAUCCAAUUUGAUUCUCUUUUCGGUGCAGAAUUCGCGCUCGCUUUCUCCAUUGUUUAUUAAUUUCCAGUGCAUAGUUUCCGGCGGUAGGUUUCCGUUAUUUUCGUGCUUCCGUUUCGUGGCCAAUUAGUAGCGGAUAAAGUUUAAGUCAAGUCAGCAGGACUAGUAACAGAAAAAGGAUUCCCCGGCCCAAAUAUGACGCACUGGGAGGACUUCUACAACACGCACCUGCCGCCAGCGGACUUUGAGGAUAAUCGGUCGCUGCUCAAGGAGUUCUGCGAGCGCCACAAUAAGCUCCAAAACCGCAUUGUCCUUGUCACGUCCGGCGGCACUACAGUUCCUUUGGAGCACAACACCGUCCGGUUUGUGGACAAUUUCAGCGCCGGAACUCGUGGUUCGGCAUCCGCGGAGUACUUCCUCGAUCAUGACUACGCCGUGAUCUUCAUGCAUCGCCACAAGUCGCUGGAGCCGUUUACACGCCACUUCACCGGACAGCAGUUCUUCGAUAUGCUGGACAUUGCCGACAACAGCCAGAGCUCGACGAUAGCCAUCAAGCCGGACUCGGUGGAUGUGUUUGCUCCGGUGUUGGCCAAGUACAAGAUUGCCCGCGAGACGCAGAUGAUCCUGUACGUGAACUUCACCAGCGUGGUCGACUACAUGUGGCUGCUGCGCGCCGCCUGCGAGUGCCUGGCGGCUUUCGAGGAGCGAGCGGUCCUCUACCUGGCUGCUGCCGUAUCCGAUUUCUAUAUACCCGAGGACAUGAUGCCCACCCACAAAAUGCAAUCGGGAGACGGGGCGCCAACGAUUUCGCUGCAGCUGGUGCCAAAAAUGCUGGCGCCCCUCGCCAGUUUGUGGGUGCCGCACGCCUUUGUGGUGUCCUUUAAGCUGGAAACGGACGAAAGCCUAUUGAUUGUGAAGGCACGUGACAGUCUCAACAAAUACAAGCACAAGCUGGUCAUUGCCAAUGUGCUGCAGACACGCAAGCAUCGCGUGGUGUUCGUCACGCCCACAGAUUCCUACGAGCUGCAUUUGACCCGGGAGCAGACGUUGCAGGGUCUCGAGAUUGAGGAGCCUAUAGUGGCCGAUGUGGUGCAAAAGCACGGCGAGUAUAUCAGCAACGCCCAACAACGCCAAUGACCGUUAUCAAUGCGCCGCCGGCAUCAGCAACAGCAACAGCCGUCGCAGCAACAUCUGCAGCAGCAACACCACUACCACCAUCAGCCACAACAACACCGAGUGGACGCCGGCGACGACGAGGAGGAUGAGGAUGAUGGGGAUCAGGAUCCUUAUGGCGUGACCAGUUCACAUUAUUGUCGCGUGCUAAAUCCCGGCACGCCAAGUUUCGGCCGCAAAUAUUGAGCAGGUUGUAGUCCAUACGGGAUAAAAGAGUUUAUACACGGAGGAUGGUGUGGUUGGAAGGCAUUUUUUGGAUUUGCAUAUUCCUCAUUCUGGUUUCGGAAGUUCGAGUUCCCGCCGCAAUUGGUGUAUCUAUUUAUGGUCACGCCUCGUAAUUGAUGUGGCCCGGCGUUUGUUUAGUCUGUUAUUGUUAUUUUAAGAUUAGUUAAUGUAUUUCGUUUGUAUGAUUGUCAUGAAAAAUGAUGUCACGUGUAUGUAUACGCCAUCCUCUGUGGCUCCUUCUUCUUGUUAUCCUUUGUUUGUCCGCACGUUUAUGUCAUCGAGUAUACGCAGUGUGUGGCAGGGCCAUCAAUAAGUGAUUUUGAUUUAUGUGUGUCAGAGCGCCAAGCUGAUAGCUUAUGAUUCGUAUAUAUGCAUUGCAAAUAUAUAUUAUGUUCUUAUAUACAAAUAUUUAAUGAAGCAUCGAUCGCCGUCGGUCGGCAGUCGAAGUUAAAUCCCUGUGCGAGAGGUGUGUGUUUAAAAUCCCUAAAAACACAGGCGGUCGCAUGCAAUCGCAGUUGGCAGGACGACGAGUCCAAUGGGCCCGCUGUCAGAGGCAGCAGGCGACGCGACAAUUGAUUUGCCUACUUUGCAUAUGAAAAAGAACCGCCUGUCUAAUGUCCUUCUCGGUUCAAAUUUAUGGUGGCAUACGGGGCCCUGGCGCUUGUCUAUCCAAAGCAGGUCAAGUGCUUACCGAGCAAAGGUCAGCUUAAAGCACCUCAAAUUGAGUUUCAAAGCGUUGUAACAAAACCUAAUUAACAUCCCGCACAGAUACACACUUGCACACAUACACACGGAGGAGACCAUGCUACAUGCCACACAUUGUGAGUUAUUUUUCAAGGGAGAAGAUAGGGCGGUUUUGAAAUCCUCAGGGUCUUUUGCCUGGCAGCCGCCUUUUGCACAUUUUUAUUGCAUGUUAUGUUGUUGGCACGCCUUCUGGCCCUAAGCCCCCCCGCUUAAACAGGCAUAUGGGGGUGGGUGUGCUGGUGUGUUGGUGUGGGUGUCGCUUUUUUGUAUCCUCCUUUCAUGGAGUUGUAACCACUUCCGUCCCGCCCGCAUUUGUGGUUUUGUUUUUGCCUUCCAGUUCCAUCCCCAGUCCAGUCCAGUCCAGCCCAGCCCAGAACUAUGCAACGCUUUUUUGUGCUUUGCUGUUUUAUUUUUUCAAUCGAGGAGGAAAAAAAUUCAAGUUUUUCAAGCUGGCUGGGCUGUGUUUGGUUUGUGCCUGCAUCAAAUUAAAUUUUAUUGCGCUCGCACGCACCGCAAACAGAGGCGUGGGAGCACAAUCACACAUCUGGCUUAGGAUUUAAGCCUGGCUCCGUUCAACUUCCGUUUCCGGCGCCGCCUCCGCCUCCGCCAUUGUUUCCAUUUUGAUGUUCAUUUUCUUGUUGCUCGGCAUUUAUUGCCACACACAUCUGCAAUACACACCCCGGCACAUAUCAGACCGCCUACCCCCACCCCCAACCCACGUUAUGUGUAUUCUUCGGUCGUAUCGAUUGUACAUUAAAGUAUAAACAUAAAAAUUCA